UUGCCAGGUUGAGAUGAGGACAAGACACAGCAUGAGCACAGACAUCCCAGACGAGAACAGCUCCGACUUUGUCCACAUACCAUCUCCCGCCACCGCCUCCCAAGACUUCGACUUCGUGACCCACCCCUCCCACACCCCGACCAUGUCCACCCGCUCCGCCUCCGCCGGCAGUGGUGCUGCGGUGCCAGAAGGAAAGGCAAGGCUUCUAUACUGCAAGUCCCAUGUGGCUAUACAUCCCACAGCGUUCAAGACCGACAACAUAUCUGGAUAUCUCGGUAUAGUAGAAACCCAGUCCAGUAAGCCUCAGCCGGCGGACGAAGAGGCGAAAACUGGUCAGCUCAGUGUGGCAGGAGAAGGUUUGCUUGUGACUUGGGUUCCCGAUGAGGUCUUGGAACGCAUGGACGAACACGACAGAGAUGUAUACAAGAAGCUGGGUCACAAGGAGGAGGGCGAUGCGGAGGAAGACGGAUUUGUGUUUGUCUCGGUGCCGCCACCCAAAGGAGAAAAAUAUGCGUUUUCAGUACCCGUCACCAACAUUUACAGCAUUCUGGUCUACCCUCCCAGUCUCUCGCAUUGGUACGGCUCGGCCACGAUCAACUUGACCGGUGGCAUAUCUUUACCGACUCUCUACUUUCACGACGAUGAAUCGCCUCUUCUCGCCUCCCCGAAACCCUCACCACAACCCGAUGCUGCUGCCCGCCCAACACCUAGAGCCAGAUGGGGAUUCCCACCGAUCCUUUCUCUGCUUGAAAGUCGAGCGGUCCUGGUCCGGUCUCGCCUGCUACAGGCAAAGCGCUCAAUGGGCGCAGAACUGUGGCUGGUGAAUCCUUCCAAAUCUGAUCGUGAGGUACACGAAGCUGGCGUGCCAGAUGAGGAGCCAGAGACGGUUCCCACACGCAAGCCUAACCAAACUCAACAGACCAACUCGCCGCGGAAGGCCGAGUACCCACCCAAGCCCGACUAUCCCGCUGUCUAUCCCGGUUUUGCCGGUAUUGAAAACCUCACUCCAAAGCAAAGCAUUCUCACAGGCCUCUCGAGUCUCACUAGCCUGUCCCGCCGCAAGGCUUCCCAGCUCCUCUCCCAUCCUCUCGCCCAGCCUGUUGUACCCCAUCUUCCGCCGGCGUUCAAGUCACUCGUGAAUGUCCCCGGAGAAUGGGAGCGCAAUGGUAGAACGCAGGGCGCGAAUGCUCAGAAUGGCGGAAGGGGCGGCAGUGAUGUCGCCUCGGAGUUCGAAUCUGCGCGACUCUAUCUGGCAAAGUGGGCAAGAGUAGUGGCCGAAGAGGGCGAACGUGCCAGGCGAGAGGAACUUGCAGCUCAGGCUCGCAUUCGACCUUCUUCCCCAACAGCUUCGACUGCCGAUGUUGACGAGAACCUUGCUUCAAGUUUAGGCGUAUUCUCUCUUCUACCGAAAUCAUACGCCAAGAGGCCUGUGCCGAGCUCCACGCGUCAUCCUCAGAACCCCAUCAGCUUGCAAGACUGGGUCACUUUUGAGGAAGAGGGCAAAGACGAGCUGUUCGUGAGACAGCAGAUAUUCCGUCGAGGCUUCUCGACGCUUCCUGUCGACGGGCAAGCCUUGAGAGAGGGCUGGGAGGUACUCUUGUCCAUCGUGCCCUGGCACAUCGGUGGAGCAGACACUUCCUCUGAUGGAUUGGGGAAGCGACGCCAAGAGAGGAAUGAAGUCAGGGACGGGAAGCGACAGGUGUACGAAGGGUUGAAGAGGAAGUGGAAGGCCGACGCCGACGAAGGAAAGGGUGAUGAAGGGUGGAAAGAAGAAUGGCAUCGGAUCGAUGUGGACUGCAGAAGGACGGACCGUAAUCAACCCAUCUACGCUGUCCCGUCCGAUUUGGCAAAGGCCAAUGCACACGAGAAGGAAGGGUCUACCCAGGUCCACGAAUACGGAGAUGGAAAUGAUGAGGACGAGGAAGGUGGUAUGGCUCCUUUGAACCGUGCGUAUCCUUGGCUCCCGUAUCCUUGCGUCUCGUCCGGGCUGACAUGGCUUUGCAGACCAUAUUGCUGCUCUGCGGACGAUCCUCAUGACAUAUCACACAUACUCACCAGAGCUUGGAUAUGUGCAAGGUAUGUCGGACCUCCUCAGUCCGAUUUACGUCAUAUUCGAUGGCAACGAAGCAGACUCUUUCUGGGGGCUGGUCGGCGUGAUGAAGAUGAUGGAGAGCAACUUCUUGCGAGAUCAGAGUGGCAUGAAGAAACAACUCAGUCAGCUGCAACAGCUGAUUGCAGUCAUGGAUCCCGAGCUUUACGUCCACCUCGAACGCACCGGCUCUCUGAACCUCUUCUUCACCUUCCGCUGGAUCCUCAUCAUUUUCAAGCGCGAGUUCCCUUUCACCACCAUCCCCCGUCUCUGGGAGAACCUCUUCACGGGGUACUACUCGAACCAGUUUGUGAUCUUUGUGGCACUCGCCGUGUUGCAGAGUCAUAGAGAGGUCAUCAUCAGGUAUCUGGCUGAGUUUGACGAGGUCCUCAAGUAUGCGAAUGAUCUCAGUGGAACGAUCGACUUGGAAAGCACCCUUGCUCAAGCCGAAGUCCUCUUCAUAUCAUUCCAAGCGAUGAUCGAAGACAUCGACAAGUCCACUGCCGAAGAAUCUCAGCAAGGCGAGCUUAGACAGAGGGUCACAGAAAAGGGCAAGGACAAGGACGCCGAGCCACAUGAGGAGCCAGAGGUUCUCAGGGAGGAGGAGCAGAAGGUACAGGCAAAGAAGCUGAUUUCUAGUGAUUUGAGGGAGCUCCUGGUUGGUUGGACGCCGCGACAGGAUGAGUGAUUUUAUUCGGAGAUGAUACAUAUGCUCUGUUUGAUUUGUCUUGUAUGCGGUAUGAUUUACCACGCCUUUGUAUGUAAAGCUACAUUUACCGUAUCCAAACAGCCUCACCUCGGAUACCCAACGAAGAAGGAGCGUGCUAACAUGAGUCCUUCCUCCCGGGAGAAGAUAGG